GAAAGUGUUAUGCUUUGCGAAUCGCAAAAGUCGUAUAGUUUUCUGUCUGUGUCUGUGCAGGCAUCGUACAAUUUUCGUCUGCGUUGUACAGCAGAAUUUCGCCUUUCUCUUUCCAGUCGUGUACAAGAUUUUUUUGUGUGGCAAUUAUACGCUUCGUCCAAAAAACAUCAUCAACGAGCUUCAAUCCGACGCCACAGAGCUGCAACAUCUUCGAGCCCAAAGCCGUCCAAAAUUAUGGCCACCACAAACGUACAAGGCCCCCCCAAAGGUGCCCCCGCUGGUGCCCCCAGUGAACAAUCUACGACCACCUCUGUCGAGCUCUUCGUGAGGGUUUGUGAAAAAAAAGAGGUCCAAGACUGGUACUACCCCGACGACGAACGGUCCGCCGAGUGGAACGAGGAGCACGAAAAGAUCGAGAAACAGAUCAAAAAGCAGUUCGAAAGGCUCGGGUGCGAGAUCACACAGUACAAACGGGAGUUGAAUCACGCCGGGAAUGAGUUCGCGACCGUGUCCUUCGAAAAAGAGGAAGACCAGGAAUUUUUCCUCAUGGCCUGCAAGCGCGAGCAUUUUCGGAGCAAACUCUCGCCCAACCCGUAUCCUGUGCAAAAUAAGUAUCGUACUCAUAUAAAUGCAAGUCUUGCAUUACAAAUCUUGUUCUCAAGGCAAAUCCGCAUUACAAAUUUCAUUUCUCAUGCUGAGAAAAUUUGUAAUGCAUUUAUACGAGUACGAUAACGAUACUCAUACUUUUGCAAUGCAUAACCCGGACUACACGUCGAUCUGCGUUUUCGGAAAACACCACCACAUCACCGAGGCGGUGCGGACCUUGCGGGUGGCGAAGGAGAAAGCGAUGUCUGCGGUUUGGUUUCUCCAGGAAGAAACGACCCUUCAUAACCAACCGUCCGACGCUGUCAUUGUGGAGGAGGAAAGGGGGGACGCGGAAUACCGGCAGCGGGUCUUGCGCGCGGCCAUAGAUCACGCGAGGAAAAAGGUGGACGAGGCUGUUGAGAACAACGGGAAGGACUUUAUUCCGCAACCGGUGGCGGACCACCUCGCAAAGGAGAUUAAGGUUGCGCAAGCGACUUACCAACAGAAUCGGUUGUUGAUUAUCGAUCUGGAAAAAGUAGUAGCUCCGGCAGAGGUGGAGGAAAAAGCCGAGGGAGGAGCGGCUCCAGGUACUGUAUUUGCAUUAUGCUUUUUACUCAUCAAGCCAUUUUUAUUUUUUGUCAUGCUGAACCUGAAGAUAAAAAAAUAAUUCUAGUGCUCCACCUUUCGAUGUAUAGAAGUACGCGACGCACCGUGAGGACUAGUCGUCGACAUUGGAAAUAACUGAACUUGACAGGUGCCACCGAAGAAUCAGAUGAGGUUGGGCCGGGACGAGCAACAGCCGCGGCAGUCGAGUCUCCACAGCAGCUUGCACCGGGAAAGAGCGCGGAUCUACUUAGCACUCCUGACGAGCAGCCAGCUCUGGUUGGCCCGACCCAGGACGAGGCGCACAGCCGUGCAAAUGAUCCGGGAGACUGGGGAAGAAGUUGCUUUGCUGCUAGAGAAGAAGUACGGGACUGUAUUUCAUCCGAAGCUGUGGAGGUUUUUUCCAAGUCCAAAACGACCCGCCGAGAAGAUGAAGAGAAACGGGAAGUAGAGCAGCAGCACCAGGAAGUUGUAAAGCGAUCGACAAGAAAGCGACGACGGAGCGGCCUACUUUGUGGUCCGCCCGAUGCACCAGAGGAUGAUCUUCACCCGGCGGCGAAACGGACUCAGCACGAGCGUAUUUGUUCACGGGAGGAUGGGACGAGGAGUGGAAGGCGAAGUGGUGCGCCACGAUCAGGUACUACUCAGUAAUUUCCUAGCUGUUUUAGUUAGACAGGCGAGUGAGACACCAGCAGUACUUAAGCAUGAGAUCAUCAUCUUUCAUGCAUGGUAAAAAUUGCGGAAGCAACUGAGUUGAGUAGAAUCUACUGCUUUCCUCUGACUGAAGUUGAAGACAAUCAAAAGUUUACCACACCAGAAGAUGAACCAUUCGCAGAAGCAGUGAGGACGACAGACGGCGCGACCGAAAAACUAGAAACGGCGACAAGCAGCUCGGCGUCCCUCUCCCUUGAGUCCCAAAUCGAUGAGAUCCUUGAUCUGGAGGCGAGAACCGAGCUGAAAGAACAGCACCACUUGCUCGAUGACUGCCGUGAAAGCCGGGGCUGCAGCAGGAAAGAACUCACUGCGAAAGCCGUCGGGCUGAAGCUCUUCCGAAAGUUUCAUUCGCACGACGGCGGGAAUAAAAUCCAGAACGUCCGGCUUUAUCUGUGCAAGAAGGCCAGUCUCGCGUGGGCUCGCGCGAACAGGAUAUGCGAGCUGUUGGGGAGACAUUAUGGGGAAGAUGUAGAUGAUGAAGAAGAAGUAGACGAACGUAACAGGAGGAGCUGUAGUAAGGGUUAUUUUGAAGAGCAAGAGAGAGAGUACAAAGAAGUGAAGCUGAUGGCAGAUUUGGUUCGAGAAGUUUACACACAGCUUCUGGACGUGGAGCGCACUUCUUGGAAAGAAGGGUCAACAUCAGCAGCUACCAGAUACUAGCUUUGAGUGAGUGGAAAACUACAGGCUGCACUUGCAGCUCCGUACAACAACUGCCGAAGACUUAUACACUUUCUUGUGUCUUCUAUACAACUUAUUGUCUUCUUGAUACCAGAGAAGCAUCGUCCGUUAAGAAAAUAGAAGCAGCAUCAACUGCGCUGUGAGG